CUGUAUCUGUAGUCACCAUUCCUACUACGUCGGGUCAGUUCUUGACGGGCAAAGACGGCAGGUCGGUUUCAGCACCGCUCCACAAACGAGGAGACUGACGGAUCUACGACGGUUCGGGCUAACAAUACACUGUACUUCGCAGAAGACACCACAAAAGCGGGAACCUCUGAGCGACAGUUGGGGCCAGGGCGGGCCCCACUCGGCGCCCGUCUUCGUCGCCCCAUCUCCAGUGCUAAAACCGGCCUCUUGUCCGAGCCGCGUCCGGGAUGAGAACGAGCGCCAUCGCCCAGCCGCAAAGACGACCCGAAUGCGGAGAAACACUCCCGCAAGGGCGGAUCGACGGCCGGUCGGAAACCUACGCGGUCGACGGCACGAUGGCGAAGGAAGGCAGGAAUGCAGGCAGGCAGGCUGGCUGCCUGGCUGCCUACGAAGGUAGCUCGUGCGUGGUCUGCUGGAUGAGCUGUGAUGAGCUAGCUCGCCCUCGUUUCUUUACUGCAGUACUCGUGGAGCCGGAGGAUCUCGGCCGGGGCAUCGAGAGCGGGCGGGUCGAAAUCCGUCGAUCGUCCGCUUCUGCGUGCUCAUGGCCUGCCGUGCUCUGCAGUGAUGGACACGAUCCCCCUCCGAACUCGUAGCCCCUGUCCGCUUUUAUAAAAGCCAUCAAGAGCGCCACUUCCUCAUUCUUCUUCGUUCAAAGUUUGAGCGAGCGAAGAAGAGUUGCGCCGAGAAUCGGAGUCCGUGAGUCGGUCGGUACUUUGGAGCCCAGGGUUUCAGAGAGUCAUCAGAAAUCAUCAUCGAGUGCUACUACCAGUUCGGGUUGAUUUUUCUCGUUCGUGCGCGAUCCCGGUUUGGUGAUUCUCGUCUCUGUAGUCGUUCGCGGGGUGAGGGAUUGGAAUCAUGGCCUGUCCACGCCCAGAGAAUGUCGGUAUUUUGGCCGUGGAGAUGUAUUUCCCCACGAGCUAUGUUUCGCAGGAAGAAUUGGAGGUUCACGACGGGGUUAGCAAGGGCAAGUACACGAUCGGGUUAGGGCAGGACAAGCUGGGGUUUUGCACAGAUUGCGAAGAUGUGAUCUCCAUGAGCUUGACCGUGGUCAAGUCUCUGAUGGAGAAGUAUGGAGUGUCACCGAAUUCCAUCGGGCGCCUCGAGGUCGGCAGUGAGACUGUCAUCGAUAAGAGUAAGUCCAUCAAGACCAAUCUGAUGGAGCUUUUCGAGGAGAGCGGAAAUGGUGAUGUCGAAGGCGUGGAUUCCACGAAUGCGUGCUACGGUGGAACCGCAGCUCUGUUCAACUGCAUCAAUUGGGUCGAGAGCACCGGCUGGGAUGGGCGAUUCGGGCUCGUCGUCGCCGCCGAUGUUGCGGUUUACGCCGAGGGCCCUGCCAGACCCACCGGAGGCGCCGGAGCCGUGGCAAUGUUGAUUGGGCCGAAUGCCCCAUUCGUGAUGGAGCGCAGCUACACUUCGAGUCAAAUGUCGCACGCUUACGAUUUUUACAAGCCCGUGCUGGCCAGCGAAUACCCUGUCGUGGAUGGGAAGCUGUCCACGACUUGCUACCUGAAGGCCCUCGACCUCUGCUACCGUCGUUUCUGCGACAAGUAUUCGAAGAAGGAAGGCCAACCCUUUUCGCUCGCUGACAUCGAUUACGUCGUCUGCCAUUCGCCAUACAACAAGCUCGUCCAGAAGAGUUUUGCCCGCCUCGUGUACAACGACUACUUGCAAAGCCCCAAUCUGGUGGGCGAGGAAGUUGCUGCCAAGUUGGAGCCGUUCGCUCAUCUCUCGCACGACGACAGUCUUGUGAAUCGCGAUCUCGAGAAGCUCGCUCAGCAGGUAGCGAAGCCUCAGUACGACGAGAAGGUAGGGCCGACGACCCUCCUGCCCAAAGUGGUGGGCAACAUGUACUGCGCAGCAUUAUACGGAGGCCUCGUGACUCUCAUCCACAACAAGGCCGAGUCCCUGGUCGGUAAAAGACUGGUAUUCUUCUCUUACGGUAGUGGACUGGCGUCGUCUAUGUUCUCUUUCCGAGUUAGGGCAGUCGAAUCUCCAUUCAGCUUAUCGGCGAUCGCAGAAGCUCUGGACAUUACGAGCAAGCUCGAAUCUAGGAUCGAGGUCACCCCGGAGAAGUUUGGGAAGGCUAUGCAUCUCGGGGAAACUCGCUACGGAGCUAACGAUUACAUUCCCACCAGCUCGAUCAAGGAAUUGCGCGCUGGAACGUUCUACCUCACCAAAGUAGAUGACAAGUACCGCAGGUUUUACUCUAGAAAGCCGAGCGUAGAAUCAUCUCCCGCGAUGAAUGGAGGUCUCGUAGCGUAGUCUGAUGAUGGGAAAGCCCAUUGAAAAUAAAAUGUACAAAAAUUUAUUCUUACUGGAAAAUCUGUCGUCAAGAUUUCGUAUCUUUCCAUCCUUUCCGAGCAGGUUUCGAAUUGCAUGUGUGCUUGAUUGCUGUUGGACUUACUUCCUCUGCGGUCUCACAGUAUCGAUGAAUCCUGUUUCUCAAGGUCCGAAUGUUCAAAUUUCGGUCCUGGUCCUGCCGAUUUCAGAAGUUUCGAAGCAGUGAUCUACCAAGCACAUGAUUCUGGCCCAGUGAAUAGGACCCUGGCAUGCUGAUUCCUUUUACUCCAGUUAAGAUUGGUCGUAUUCGUUCGGAGGAUAUUCGACAUCGACUCUCAGUUUUCCUCUGUGCUCGCUUCGACGUUGGAGAAAAUGGGAUGCCGGCAGAGUAUCCAAAGGGAGGGUGGGAGUGUGGGAGUGAGGGAGGGUCAUACUCUGUCCCCGAGAGCAACGGAUCACGAUGGACGAAAGAGGAGGCUGAACUUCGCUGCCGAAAAGGGGACAGGAACGGACCUGUCAUCGUCUCAGGGCGGAAACAACUGCUGUCAGUCCGAGUGAGCGCAACAGGGAAUGGCGACAUUACAGAUUCAAAACCUCCUGCAGCCCAUCACUCUCACGAGUCUAUGUGCAUGGAUAAAUACCGGUUGGGUCGUACGACGGCGCGAUGGAGCGAAAGAGUAAUCACCGGGAUCAAAAGCAGAGGCGAAAUGCCAUCGACGACGAGUGCCGGUGGAAUGAUUGAUCGACUGCAGAUGAUUUUUGUAGUCACAAGAACGGAGGAAGAGGGUACAAGGACCAAGACCGAGCCCCGGCUCUCCC